UCACAUGAAAAGUCUAGAAUUUUUGGUAUUGGCCCAGUCAUAAAACACCAUUUUGCAAGCGCAUCUAGCAGCGUGGCCUAAGUUACCAGGGGACCAUGGUAGGCAGGUUCUUCCUGGCAAGGCCAGGUGAUGUCCACCAGCAAGAAUCUGACUCAAUUGCACUUCUCUCGGGACCCCCCUCCUGUGGGAAGACCUCGUUGCUAUUCCAGUUUGCAAUCAACUCAGCGUUAGAAUGCAGCUCUAGCAAUCGUAAAGUGGUUUUUAUAUGUAACCGGCGAAGGCUAGAAAACAAGCCCCCUUAUUUGUACCAGGGCAUUGAUCCAUCCUCUGAUGUCUUUCAGCGAAUAAAAAUGAAAUAUGCUGAUGAUGACGAUGGAAUCAAGAAGUACUUCGCUGCAUUUCACCUUCACGACACGUUUCCAGCUGCAGUUAUCGUUGAUGAUUUUGGAGAUUUCUUCCAAGAAAGGAGCUGUCAAGAGAGAUAUGGUAAUCCUCGUGGAAGAGACUUGGCAAUGGUUCGGACUCUAGCUUUGUGUCAAAAUGCAAUAACCCAUGCAUGUAAAAAAGGGCCUUGCAAGCUUUUACUAUCUGAUACGCACCAUGGGGACUCUCCAAGGUUGCUAUUUAUCUACAAGAGGUGGAUUCCCGCCAUUUUUACAGUCAAAGGUGAUGGUACCGGAUCAUUUCUAUUGAAAUAUAACAAGUAUUCAGGAAAUGGCAGUUCUAAGAGCCAAAGAAUAGCAAAGUACUCCAUAGCGUUCCAGUAUUUGUUUUUGGAGGAGAUCACUGAGGAUGGUGAUGAUGAACAGUAGUACUGUUACCAAACUUCAUUGAGAUGUAGAAUAUUAAAAGAACCCACCUUGGUGGAGGUUCUUUGAAGGGAUUGCUGAAGACUGAAGAUGGUGAAUAACAACGUUGUUGGUUGAUUUCAUUUCACUAGAUUUUGGUACCCGAAUCUGUCCACACUCAAUGAAAUCUGCAAUUUUAUUGAUUAACAUGUUGAUCUGAUGUGUACAUUCAAGUUGUGCCUUCAUAGGGUGUUUUAUAGUUGAUACCUAUUGUUGUCAUUAUGUCUCCUCUUGAUCACGUUUUCAGAUCUUCAACAAAUGAGUUUUUUAACUGAAAUGUAGAUUCACUUCUUCUACUCUGGUUUUUGGUAAACUACACUGCAAAUUUGUGAGGCCCUGCCUUUCUAAAGCUCAAUAGUAACUGCCUUUCACUAUAAAAAGCAGUAUCUGCUGAUUUGCACUUGUUUCCUACCCGCUUUAUCUCUGUUGAUGCAAAGUUGGGAUCAUCAUGCUUAGAUUUCUAUCAAAUUGCAUCCCAGAAAUGAUAUAAAUAACAUAAGCAAGGGCCGUGAAAGAAGCAAUAGAGGCAGUGAUGGUUGUAAUCCAUUAUGGUAGCCGAUUCUAAUGACAGCAUUUGCUCGGCUGAAUUGUGGAAUGGUGAUGUUGAUUUGUACAAAUUGUAUGUUUGGUAAGAGAGAAAAAUAGUGUUUUCUAUGACAGGGUUUUUUCCCUUUUGUCCCGACCUCAACCAGCAGUCUGUGCGAGAUGAAUUUCCUUAAAAUGUUUAGACAAUUGCCAUUACUCUACGGAAAAAAAAGUUCAUGAUAGCUUCAAAAUCAGGAUCAUUAUUCAACAGCUAUGUCAGAUGCACACAACAAAGUCAAGUCAGUCGGUU